AUGGCAGCUGAUUUACAGGACUUCAAUGGGACUCUGGCGAUGCUAAUUGAUAAGAAGGCUUUAAUUGCCAAGCUCAAGACCGCGAAGGAUCAGAAGCGAGCACGACAGCUCGAAUCAGAAGAGACAAGAGGAGGCGGAAAGGCAGCCCAAGGUCAUCGAGUCGUCAACGAGGGCAAGCCAUCGAAAGACAGACGGUUCUCGCUCAAUGAAAUAGAAGACUUCGGAUCAUCAUCACUUAUAAACACUGUGGCUCGGUUGAGCUAG